AUGUCAUCAGGGAUCGGGUCGCUGUUUUCUUCGCUCUUCUUCUACCUGCGUUCGCUCCUCUUCUCCAAGCAUCUCGAGAUAUGCGUGGUCGGUUUGCAAGCCGCUGGAAAGACGUCGCUCGUCAACCUGCUCUCGUCAGGACAAUUUGCCGAUGAAAUGGUACCCACCGUUGGCUUCAACAUGCGCAAGGUACGGUCCGGCAAUACUACGAUCAAGGUGUGGGACAUUGGCGGCCAACCGAGGUUCCGCAGCAUGUGGGAGAGGUAUUGCCGUGGCGUCUCGGCAAUUGUCUUUGUCGUCGACUCCACCCAAAACUCAGCGGCCUGGAGCGUGGCUUCCGAAGAGCUGCAUGCCUUGAUUGAACGGCCGCAUCUUUCAGGUGUACCGCUGCUCGUGCUGGCCACCAAGAACGAUAUCAAGGGCGCAGCGAGGGUCGACGACGUCAUCCGCGUAAUGAAGCUCGAUACGAUUGCAAAUCGCGAAGUGAGCUGCUAUAGCAUCAGUAGCAAGAAUCAGGUCAACAUUGACGUUACGCUCAAAUGGCUAGUUGCAAGGAGUCCGGUGGGGCAGCGAUGA